AUGGAGUCUACAGAAGACGAAUUCUACAGCAUAUGCCUGAAUUUGACCAGCGAAGAGAUCGCAAACAUCGGAGGCUGUAACUACAGUGCCGAAUUUGAAAAUGGAGAGCUACUUGAGAAAGUCGUUUCUAGGGUUGUGCCAAUUUUCUUUGGUUUCAUCGGAAUCGUUGGCCUCGUUGGCAAUGCGUUGGUUGUGCUCGUAGUUGCUGCAAACCCUGGCAUGAGAUCUACAACUAACCUCUUGAUAAUAAACUUGGCUGUUGCUGACCUGCUCUUCGUUAUCUUUUGCGUUCCGUUCACGGCUACAGAUUAUGUCAUGCCCAGAUGGCCUUUCGGGGACUGGUGGUGCAAAGUCGUUCAGUAUUUCAUAGUUGUCACAGCUCAUGCAUCAGUUUAUACCCUCGUGUUGAUGUCUUUAGACAGAUUCAUGGCAGUGGUGCACCCCAUAGCAUCUAUGUCAAUAAGGACAGAGAGAAACGCGUUACUGGCAAUAGCUUGUAUAUGGGUUGUUAUUUUGACCACUGCAAUCCCCGUGGGCAUCUGCCACGGUGAGAGAGAAUACUCCUAUUUCCACAGGAACCACUCUUCUUGUGUGUUUCUUGAAGAGCUGGGUUAUAGCAAGUUAGGCUUUCAAAUGUCAUUUUUCCUUUCAUCAUAUGUUAUACCUUUGGCCCUCAUUAGUAUUUUGUAUGUAUGUAUGUUAUCGAGGCUGUGGAAGAGCGCUCCUGGAGGCAGAGUAUCUGCGGAGAGUAGAAGAGGGAGGAAGAAAGUGACCAGGAUGGUGGUGGUCGUAGUUGUAGUGUUUGCGGUUUGCUGGUGUCCUAUCCAGAUAAUCCUGCUGGUAAAGGCGUUGGACGCUUACAAUAUCACUUACUUUACGGUGACGGCGCAGAUCGUGUCACACGUGCUCGCCUACAUGAACAGCUGUGUUAACCCCGUACUUUAUGCCUUCCUCUCGGAGAACUUUCGCAUUGCAUUCAGAAAGGUAAUUUUCCUAUGA